UUCUUUCUUCUUCAUAUAUAUCUUUUCGUUUCUUCUUCCUUUUUUCUCCCCGGAGAAAAAUCUUAUUGUUUCCUCUGUUCGGUUGGGCACAGCUAUUGUUUGGAAUCCGGAACGUUGGAGGAGGAUAGCUAAGAAAUGGGAAUUCUCAACGACGACGCCGUUUUAGUCGAACCUGGAAAACUCUCCGGCGAUCCCACCAUCGUUACCGUCAAUUGUCCUGAUGAAUCCGGUUUAGGUUCUACUCUCUGUAGAAUCAUCCUCGAAUUCGGUCUCUCCAUUACCCGAGCAGAUUUUUCAACGGAUGGGAGAUGGUGCUAUAUAGUGUUUUGGGUUACUCCUGAUAACAGCUCUCCUAAGAUUGAUUGGAACAGUUUAAAGAAUCGUCUUUUAUCUGCUUGUCCUUCUUGCCUCGGAUCUUUCUACUUAUCUCUUCAAUCCAAUGUCUCUAAGCCUCCUUCCCUUUAUCUUCUCAAGUUCUUUUGCCGUGACAGGAAAGGCUUGCUUCAUGAUGUUACUAAAGUUCUGACUGAGCUAGAGUUUACGAUCCAAAGAGUUAAAGUCAUGACAACACCAGACGGAAGAGUUUUGGAUAUGUUUUUCAUCACUGAUGCAAUGGAUCUGCUGCAUACUAGACAGAGGCAAACCGAAACGUGUGAUCAUCUAACGGCUGUGUUUGGUGAGCAUGGUGUGAGCUGUGAGCUUGAAUUGGCUGGUCCUGAGUUAGAAAGCAUGCAACGGUUCUCUUCACUUCCACCUCUGGCUGCUGAUGAGCUGUUUGGCCCAGAUGGGUCUGAUAUUCGCGGCUCUAAUUCCAACAAAGCUGUUCUUACGGUUGAUAAUCACCUGAGCCCUGCUCAUACGUUGCUUCAGAUUCAUUGUGUUGAUCAAAAGGGGCUCUUCUAUGAUAUCCUCAGGACGUCCAAAGACUGCGAUGUCCAUAUUGCAUACGGUAGAUUCUCCUCAAAGGUUAAAGGCUACCGGAAUUUGGACUUGUUUGUUCGAGGUACUGAUGGGAAGAAGAUAGCGGACCCAAAACAUCAAGCCAACUUCUGUGCUCGACUUAAGGAGGAAAUGGCGUGUCCUUUGCGAGUGAUAAUCGUGAACCGGGGACCAGAUUCUGAGCUAUUAGUAGCCAACCCUGUGGAACUAUCUGGAAAAGGAAGGCCGCGAGUUUUCUAUGAUGUCACCCUCGCGUUGAAGUCACUUGGAAUCUGCAUUUUCUCCGCUGAGAUUGGGAGGCAUUCGACUUUAGACCGACAAUGGGAAGUUUAUAGAUUUCUUUUGGAUGAGAGUCGUGAAUUGCCGCUGGCUAGUCUUCGUGCGAGAAAUCAGAUAGUGGAUAGAGUCACAAAGACACUUAUGGGUUGGUGAAAGUUAAUCUGAGACAGUGGAAGAGAGCUUUCAUGAACAUUAUUCUACUCGAGGGGCCAAAGAUUUCUGAGUCUUCGCCUGCAGCUUCGGGUCAAUGAUGGGAUUGCGAUUUGGAGUUUGUGUGGAGCUAAUGGUGUUGUAAAGCUUUUGAAAGUGUAAAAGGAUAAUAGCGCACUUGCAAUGAAUGCUUGUAAACUUAGUUUGCAAAAAUUUAAUCGAAUCUUGCGACCUUUGAGCUUUGACAAGGUGGUCAAUACAAGCACAUGGAGUCACAGUGUGUGUUGAAUGUGCGAGACUGGACCUGAGCCACGUUCGAAACGUAGACUUGCACAUGAAGGUAGGGGUUAUACACAUACGAUGGAAAUAAUAUGGUGAUUAGACAAGUCGUAUAUAAAAUCUAGAUUAGUUUUGUGGAGGCUACUACUGCCACGAAAUUUGUAAGGUCUUCUGGUCUAGUUGCUAUCAAUAAAGAGAAGUACCAAUCUAAAGUA